AUGGGGGAUGCAGACGUGUUGGACAAGGCCCCGCCCCGAGCGCGAGACCACGCCCACAUACCCGCCCCUGUGCGGCCUAGGCCCCGCCCCAACCGCGAGACCACGCCCACAGACCCGCCCCGGCCCCGCCCCGAGCGCGAGACCACGCCCACAGACCCGCCCCUGUGCGGCCUAGGCCCCGCCCCGACCGCGAGACCACGCCCACAAACUGCCCCUGUGCGGCCUAGGCCCCGUCCCGAGCGCGAGACCACGCCCACAGACCGCCCCGGCCCCGCCCCCGCACGGCCGCUCUCGCUUUCUCCCGUCCCCUCCCCUAGUUCUCGCGAGAUCUGUGCCCGGAAGCGGCACCUGCGUGCCGAGCCGGCCGUGAGGGGCCCGCCCGCCAUGGAGGCCCCGCGCCCGCUGCUGCUGCUGCUGCUGCUGCUGCUGUUGCUGGGGCUCUGCGCCGCCGCAGCGGGGCAGCAAACGGAUCACAAAGAAUCUUCCACAGAGUCUGAGGGAACCCAGGCAGCUGGAGGAGGUGACAACCAGGAACACACGAACGCAAACAACCAAAACCAGCAGCAGGAUAAUUCCGACAACAACGGUGACCCCCAAACAGACACGAGUAACAAGACCAGGGCAGAUGAGGAGCAGAAGGCAAAGAACGACGAGAAGGGUGGAAAUCUGAAUGGAAGCGACAACAAAAAGAACGAGGAGGAGGAGAAGAAGAAAAAAGAGGCACAGAAUGACAGCGGCCAAGGCGGCAGCACGGGGGCUGCCCAGGGUGGCACAGGUGCAAAUGGGGCCAGUGAAAGCGGCAAUGCAGGAGGCGGGGGACAAGGGGAUGGAGCGCAGAACAGCAGCAGUGGCAGCCCAGGCAGCGCUGGCACUGAUGCCCAGGGCAACAAUGGCAACAGCACCAGUGGCCAAAGCAGCAAUGGCAGCAGCACUGGUGGCCAGGGCAACAAUGACAGCGGCACUGGUGGCCAGGGCAGCAAUGACAGCAGCACUGGUGGCCAGGGCAGCAAUGGCAGCGGCACUGGUGGCCAGGGCAAUACAGGCAGUGACAACGGUGUCCAGACUGAUGGCCAGAACAAAAACAGUCAGCAGAACAACGAGAAGGACAAGAAGAAGAGCCAGGAUGGCAACAACCCAGAGAGCUCCAAGAGUGAGGACGGCAGUGAGAAGAACAAGGCUGGCACCAGCGAGAGCAGCGACAACGAGGGCGGCAAGAGCACAAAUGGCAGCAACAAGGACCAGGCCACCAACCAGGGCAACAGUGGGGCUGGCACCCAGGGCAGCGAGGCCGGUAAUGGGCACACAAACGGGAACACUGGCCAAGGCAGCAGUGGUGGGCAGCAGGCCCAGACCGAGACCCAGGACAAUCAAAAGAACUCCCAGGAGGAACAAAACCCUACGGAGGACGACAGCUUUUCGGAAAAUCAAGAAAACGCCGGAGAGGAGGCGGCCAAGGCUGAGGAGGGCAGUGACAGCUCUGUAAAUCAGGAGAGAGAGAAGAGUGUUCCCUCCCUGCCCAGGGCCCACUCAGAGAGCAGCCACUUCUUUGCCUACCUGGUGACCACGGCCAUCAUCGUCGCGGCCCUGUACGUGGCCUACCACAACAAACGGAAGAUCAUUGCUUUCGCUCUGGAAGGAAAAAGAUCAAAAACUGGUCGGCGGCCCAAAUCUGGUGAUUAUCAGAGACUGGAUCAAAAGAUCUAGAUUUCUCCUGGGGUGAUGAUGGCCGGCGAUGGGAAUGCUGUGCUGCCACAGUUGGAUUUCAGUCCACGGGAAGGAGGGGAAACGCUUUUUGUUUUGCACCUGCACCUUGAUAAAACCUCUCACUUCCCUAAAUUGCUCCUUUCCCAGCUGCCUUGUCUUCCCCCUGGGUGUCUGGCUGUGGAAAAGCCAGUCCCAGAACUGCACACCUAGGACUUCUGUGUCCCAGUGCAAUGGAAUUUGCCAUCCACUGGACUGACCCCUCCUUUUGGGGAGGGGGAAUUAAGGAUCUGCUGCACAAUGAGCCAUGGGACUGUCCCUUGCCUGGAAACGGAGCUGCCUUGGUCUCCUCCUCCUUCUCCUCCAUCUCUUGGGUUUGGAUGCUCAAGUUGGGAGCAUGUGUGUUCUCUUGCACUUGUUUGGAAUUGAACUACCACAGACUUGGAUUUGGGUUUUCUCUCCCUCACCAACUUUCCAGUUCCUCACCCAGGUUCCCUUUUCCACACACACUUUCAGCCAUGCUGAAGCAGUUUUUGUGGUGUAGCUCAAACCCUUUGUGCUCUAUGCAGCUCUUUUCCCUCCCAGUGCUUCCAGUUCAGCGUUUGCACUGGGGGUGUUGGUUGUGGUGUGGUGCUGUGGAAGAGGGAAGAGGCUGGGGAAGCUCCGUGCCCUGUCAGGGAUGUAGAUGGGAAGAUUGCUUCCUCCCCCUUGUCAGGUGUAGGAAGGAAUGUAAAUCCCCGAGGAGUUUGGGAUGGAUGAGUGAAGCUCCCAGUCCCUCAGCUCCCCAAUUUGUGUUGGACUGGUACCAGUUGAACCAAGGGCUGCCAGAGGGGUUGGUGCCCCAGUUACACCUGUGAGGUGGUUUUCAUGCCUGUAAUUCUACUCCUAAGAGGUUUGUUCGAGCUGGGAUGUUUCUGGAGAGGGCACAAAGUACCUGCUUGGCUCCUGCUUUGGAUUUUUCCAGUAUAGGCAGAAAAAAUGGAUUUGAGGAACCCAGAGCUACUCACGCAGGCACCCAGCUGUGCCACAGCAGGUGCCAGCCGUGUGCCAGUCCCGCGUUUGCCAACUGACUGCACAGGAAGGAUCCCAGGACAGUUAAAUUCCCUCCUGGAGGGCUUUUUUCUGGCCUUCUCAGGCUUGGGAACAAUCAGCUCCUUGCUCUGUGGUCACCUUGGACAAGGGCAGAGCCAUUUCCUGGUCACUGUGAAAGCUGCAGCUCUAGUUUUGAUUUCCUGAUAGUUCAUUCCAAGAGGGGAGAGAGGGCUUGACUUUCUCCAGACCCUAAAAUCAUCCUUUCCCUUUUUGCUGGCUCUUGGCAAGCACAAGGAGCAUGAAAGUCCCUCUUGGCUUUAGAGAGUUCUCAGGAGUUUCCCUAGGAAACAUCUAGGAUGCAAAAAGGACUUCCAGGAGUUGUUCUGGAGAGCAGGAGGGUGGAGGGAAAGGAAAGGGAAACAGGAAUGUAACUCUCACGGAAGAGGAUGGGAACCUCAUGCACCCUGCUCCAGAGCUGCUGUGGGAUCAGCCGGGCUGGGGGGCUGCUUUAGGGCAGGGCUGGGGAGGGGGACACUGACUUUUGGCUGGUGACAGUGGGGAGACAAACCCUAUUCCAGUGUGUGGAAUUCCAUGUGCUCCUGGGCUGCUCCGGCCACGAUUUUUGGAGUGUGUGUGCUUUUUGGAGUGUGAGUGCUCUAUGCCUGCUUUGUCCUGUUUUGUUUUUUUUUUAAAUUGAAUGAUAAUUUAGAAAGGUGGGGGGUUUUUUUUCACCAUCUACUCAUUUUUCUGUCCUGGGAGCUGUUUCAAAUCUCUCUUGCUCCAGGCUGUGGGAAUCCCACCCUGCUGCCAACAGGGGAGGGAAUAUUUGGACCUCAAACACCUCGAUCCCAGGCUGAGCCAAGCGCAAGCUCAUUGGGGUAAUGAGGAUGCACCUCACGGGUCUGGGGAGAGGCAGAGCUCACAUCAGGCUGACUUGGGGGGGUUUUCCCCCAAAAUCUCCCUGCCAGCACUUCCCGAGGCUGGUGUGUUCUGCCAGCGGUCUGGGCUGCCCGAAACCUCUGGGAAUUGCUCCCAGUUUGUUGAGUUUAUGGUAUUUAUGCAACAUGUCCCAAAGGGGUCAAGGUGUGCAGAACCUUUUCCUUUUGGACACACAUGUUUUCCAUGGAUGGUGUCUGUCGGUACAGAGGGGUUUUUUGCCAAAUAUUCCUACUUUUUAGGCUUGAGCCAGCACUUGAUUUGUUUUCUGCUGUGAAACGCACCUUGCUUGGAAGGAUCAGAAUUUUUUACAGUUCUUUGUACUGUUUUUUUUAUUUUCUGUGUGGCGAAGUCAGUAAAUGGAUUUUAAAAGACCCAAAA